GGAAAUAAAUUUAGAUGAAGGUGAAACAGAACAUUUUAAAUUAGUUAACGACCCUUUGCCCCGGGACGAUAAGAAAAUGCAGCAUUUUGACAAACAGUUGAAUUCGUCGGCUUACACUAAAAGCUGUAACGACUAUUUAAAUAAACAUUAGAUCUGUCGGUGAAUUAAAGAUUGAAUCUGACGGUGAUUUAAACAUUGGGUCUGCAGCCAAAAUGAUGGAAGGACACGAGAAGUAUGAUUCCGUGGAGGUUGGUAGUACGGAAGUAGAUAGUAAUAUAAAUGUUGUAGACAUGACAAAAACAACAUCUGGAGGAAAUCAACAUGAUAAGUUUCAAGUAAUCAUUGAACCAUCACAACUGACAAAGAUGUGUGCUAUGGAAGGGGAGAUGACGCUAUCGAUAAAAGAUAAGGCUCUCUAUUUCAAAGAUAAGAACACAGGUAUCACAAAAUACUGGUUUCCGUUUUCUUGGAUAAGACGCUUCGGGAAAGACGAUUCAGUAUUCAGUUUUGAAGUUGGUCGAAAAUGUCCGAAUGGAGAAGGACAUGUGAUCUGUAUAACUAAAAAAGCCAAACAAAUUCAUAAGAAGUGCAUUAAAGGAUUGAAAGAGAAAAAAGCAAGUAUGAAAUGAGAAUAUUAUAAAAUAUGCAAAUAUCCCGUCGCGUGACAACACUAAGUUUGAUUAAAAAAAAUAUAUAUAUAUAUAUUUCAACAUGAUGUCAUUUGCGUUACACAAGCAUAGUGUUAAGAAGCGUUAAAUGUUAGCGUUAUACUAUAGACGCGUCAAUGAAAUUGUUCUUUUUCACUUCAAAUGGUCUCUUUUUUUGGUAUGUGAUAGAUACAAUGUUAAAUUCGCGUACGUUCAUAAUAUAUUGCACUCGUUGAAUAAAAUAACAUUAUGCUUUCUACAGAAGCACGUGAAAUAUAAUUUUAUUCAAUUCGUUUAAUAAAUUCAGUAUGAAACUUACACUCAUUUAAUAUCCUCAAUUUAUAUUUACUUUUUUUAUUUUAUUCAUUUACUUGACACGAAACUCGCGAUAGCACAAGUAUACUGUUUGAACCCUUCGUAUAAUAGUGCGCAUUUUCACUCGAUGAAUAUUUCUCAGUCAGAGGUACUUCCUGGAAGAAUGCUUUUCAGUAAGAAGUUCUCAUUUGAUAUAUAUAUAUAUAUUACUAAGUUAGAAGUACCCUGCCGAAUAAAUAAGUUAAUAUACAUAAAUAAAUAUUACUUCGAUAUAUAUCACUCAGUAAGAAUAGCCCACUCGAUAAAUAUCACUUCAUAAUAAUUACUACUCGAUGAACAUUUCUCAGUAAGAAAAACCCACUUGAUGAUUAUUACUCACUGAGAAGUACUGAAUUGAGGAAUAUUGACCAGUAAGAAGUACAUCCCGAUGAAUAUUACUAAUUCACAAGUUCUCAUUCGAUAAAUAUCCCUCAGUAAGAAGUAUUCAUUCGAUGAAUAUUUCUCAGUUAAGUAUACUCAAUCGCCGAAUAUUUUCACUGAGAAGUACUUACUGAGAAAAGCUCCAUUGAUGAAUUACUAAAACACUCUGUUUGAUUGAGUCUAUACAUGAGGGAUCAUGAAAAAGUGCAGAAUCCCUCACGCCUCUAAUACCGACUAGCAGUAUACUUUUCAGUCCUUAAAAAUGCUUGAAACAAUUAUCCUGAAGGACCAGAAAACUAUAACAACACUGAAGUAUAGUAAGCGGAAACAUGUCACGGCUGCCACACAACACUUGACACCUGCUAUUGUGAUGCAUAAAUAUCUGGAAAGAAGAUGUAUCUUUAAAAAGGAUACUCGGUCGAUGUAAAACUGGGUAACUUGCAUAUUUCAGUUCUUAGUUUUUCAUGCAUUAUCUAUAGUUAUAUAGAAAUGUUAGCAUAGCUUGCAUAACAAUAGCAGAAUAAUUUCUUGUAGGGUAAUGAAUCUUGAAAAAUGGAUCACUUUAUAAGGUGUAUGUGUUUCUAGACACAAUUACCACGCGCUAAAUUGGAAAAUGUAGCUUAUAUUGCAUUACAUAUUAACCAACAUUUGUUUGUAAGUAAUUAUAUUAUUUUAAUUAUAUUCGUACAUUCGUAUACGAACAAUAAUGUUAUACUAUAACGAUACUUUUCAUUCCAACUGUAGAAAUGU